UUACUGCGCAAAACGUUUCACAUCAAAGCGAGCUCUCCAGAGUCACAAGAAAGCUCAUGUUAGAGAGUUUUUGUUCCAUUGCGAUGUAUGUUUGGAUGGAUUCGACAACAGAGAUGAAAAGUUAGAGCAUCAGGCCAAUUGCAAGGCACUCCGUUAUGAAUGCCAUAUUUGCAAGCAGUCUUUUGGAUCAAAGAAAACAGAUUUGUUUGCUCAUAUGCGUGUUCACAGCGGAAACAAACCAUUUGAAUGCACAGAAUGUUUGAAGCAAUUUACAUCAAAACAGAGUCUCAAUGAGCAUAUGAAACUGCACGCUGAUUCACCAUUGUUCCGCUGUUCGAAAUGUCGCCGAGGAUUUGUACAAAAGGAUGAACAAAAAUUACAUGAAGAAAAAUGCAAUCGAAAUGUCUAUGAAUGUUACAUUUGUGGAUCGAUUAAUAAGAAUUUGGAACAACAUAUGCGCGUACAUACUGGUAACAGACCAUUCCAAUGCCAACAUUGUUUGAAACAGUUCACACAGGAAUCCCAGCUUAAUGUUCACAUGAAAUUGCAUACCAAGAAGCUGCCAUUCAAAUGUUCGAUUUGUCAUCAUGGUUUUAUGAAGCAAAGGCAAUGCAAAGCACACGAGCAAUUCUGUCGUCGGCGGUGUUAUCAUUGCUAUAUUUGCAAGAAGUUCUUUGGUGGAUACAAAACGUUAUUGGAAAAUCAUUUGCGAACGCAUUCGGGUGACAAACCGUUCAAGUGUAAGUCAUGCCGAAUUGGAUUUGCACAAAAAUCAACCUUAACGAGACACAUGCAGAGCCGCAUUCACAAACAGAAUUCCCACUGAAAUUGAUUUCGAAAAAAAAAAAUCAAAAAAUAGAAUUAAUGAACUAUACAUAAGCACAAACUUAAUCUCACUU